UUUUUCAGAAAUGUCGGACAGUGUCAAUGAAAUUCUUGAACGUCUACGACUAUGAGAACGACCAUCAAAUAUUAUUUGUGGUUGCGCUACUGCCUUAUUUUUUACUGGUUUCAUAUCGAUUUUUCUAUACUACCCCGCUACGGCGCAUCCAUUUGAGACGAUAAUGAUAUUGGUAAUGUGCGGCUGUGUCUGUACAAUGCUAUAUUACGGUUUCUGCGCACCGAAGGACACUAGAAAGAUCAUCAAAUAUUGGUUUUUGACCAAAAUUCUUCGUCGAACAGUUCCACGUCCGCAACUUGACGGCAUAGAUAAUUCUGUGCAUCAAGAUGAUCUUAAUGCGGGUGUCGACGCUGAACGUCAACCGGUUCCUCCUGGAGACGCAGUUGAAAUUGAAGAAAAUCAAAACGACGAAGUUCGAGAAGCUGCUGAAAAUCAUUCGAAUCGAGAAGAAGAUCAGAAUGUCGAAAAUCAACCGAUUCCUCCCGGAGACGCAGAAAUUAGGGUUCAAAUUGAAGAUGAAAACGGAGAAAAUCAAGACAAUAACAUCAUAGUGAUCAAUCCGCCGAAUAGACAAAACGUUGAAGCUGAACCGGACGCUGAGCAACCACAAUUCGAUGAGGAGCUGACUAUAAGACAUGAUGCGAUUCAAGUGAAGCCGAAACGGAGCUAGUCUGCUCAAUUUUUCAACAAUUUCCCAUCGAAUCGUUCAUAUUUUAUUCAUUUAUCGAUAUUCCUUUCAUGUGCCAUCAUAUUCUUUCUAUUUUUGGUAUUUUUGAACAAUUUUUGCUAGAAUAUCACUACAUUUGGUGCAAAAUAUAUGUAAAGUCGGUAAUUUUUUCGUGGAAUUUAUUAAAACUAAAAAUUAACAACGUAAAAAUUGAAUUAUUUUAAUUCAAGUAAAUUAUCAAU